AUGAAAUUAUUAUAUUCAUUAAUUUUAUUAGUACUAACAUGUUUGAUUUCAUUAACUCAAACUCAAUACAUCUCCAUACAAAAUUAUCAAUUCAGUGGGAAUUGUAAUAGAUUUAUCAAUGGUAGCAGUAGUGAUUCAACAGAAACUUGUGUUCAAGAUGAUUUAUUGUCUGGUCAAGUGACAAGUGAGGGUUUUUGUUUGAUUUUUAAUGAAGAUAUAAGCACAUUAACAAUAUCACCAAAUGGUAAUUCAAUUAUUCAAUCAAUUUAUUCACCAACUGAUUAUAAUUGCCAAGGUGGUAUUAUUAAAGAGAAAGAACAUGAAAUUGGUGAAUGUUUUUCUCAUUGUGUUGAUGAAAACCAUGGAAAAGUAUAUUCAUUAUCUACACAGUCAUCAAUUAGUUUCCCAUCGAAUACUUUUGUUGAAGUGUUUUAUUCUGGUGAAUGCAAUGGGGAUUGGAAAAAUAAUUUCAAUUAUCUUGAUUAUUUUGUGAUUAAUAAAUGUAAUAUUGCAUAUGCUUUUGAAAGUCUUACCUAUACUUUCAAUUGUAAUAGUACUUCUUCCUGGAUGAGUGAGUUCAAUGAUGAAAAUUGCACCGUUAAACCAGCUGGUAUUCAAGUUGAUCCUUUAGCAAAUAGUUGUAGUAAUGCAUCCAAUAAUAAAAACCAUUUAGAUAUUUGUAAUGUUUAA